GAAUCCGGCCUCGGUUAGGUAAACGCUAUCGCUUAUCAGCAUCAACCGCUGAUAACGGUCUAACGAAGCGGAGUUGGCCGGCCGAGCGGUUAUCGCUGGAGGGAAAUGGACCCAGUUCCUCGUAGCCGACCGUUCACGCGCAACCUCGCGCCGUUCGUUCCCGUCUAUUUCGUUACCGGCGAUCGAUCCGCGUUUUCGCGCAGAGUGUCGUCCCGCGUUUCAACUUGCACGACCGGCGGUCACCUCUUCCAACCGAGAGGUACACAUCUCGUUCUUUCCACGACGAUCGUCCCGCAACGAUAACGAUCGACAUCGAUCGAACCAACGUUUCGUUCAUCCUCCGUCGUCCUCUCUCUCUUUCUCUCUCUCUCUCUCUCUCUCUCUCUCUCUCUCUCUCUCUCUCUCUCUCACGCCCAUUCGCUAUCGCUCCGCCCAGAAACUCGUUGCUGCUUCCUCUGUCUGCUCGUUUUUUCUUUCCUUCUGCCAACGUUUUCUCGCAUUUCUUCCAGCCGUUCUCUCCGCGCACCGCGGAAUCGCUACCCCGUUUCUAUCUAUCGUGCCGCCAUCGUCGAGGCCAGCCGCGAGAUUAUUGCGACGGAAAGAGUCGCCUUCCUUAUCGUGUUUAACUAACCUGCACUCGAAACCAUUCCGACGAGUCGAAUUUUUCCAUCCAACGCCACCGUUUCUUUUUCCGCCACGGAUUUCCUUCCAGUCUUCCGACCGUCCGUCCGUCCGUCCGUCCGUCCUCCUCUUUUCCCCACCGACUCGCGUUCCAGUCCGAUCGCGUCGUGGCUCGUCCAGCUCGUGGAAACGCGAGCUCGCGACCACCGAUGAUAAGCCAAUGGAAAAAUAAACUCGGAGAUCGACGAAUCGACACCUUGGAAACACGCGUGCGUGGCAUGUCUUUAUCGGUCGAUUCCAUGUACGUACUACGAUAGCGUAUAUGGUAACUCUCGUCGUUUUACCUACCUCGUUAUUCCAUUUUCUUUCCUCUCUCCGUUUCUCUCCUUUGCUCCUUUCUUUUCCACCCUUUCCUACCUUUCCUCCCUUCGAUUAUUCCACCCUCUGGCCGAUUUUCGUAAGCGACCACGGUGUGUGGUGAUUCUCGGCCAGGAAAUUCGCGUUCGUCGCAAGCGCGCAUAGUCAUAGUCACGCUUCGAUCUCUCGAGUGGGAAAAAUAGUCGGAAUCGCUGUUUCGCGAAUCGUGCACCGAUCGAGAACGAGGAAAUCGAUCGGCGAAAUAGAGUUGGAGUGGCAGAAUUUGCCUCGGUCGUGGAGAGGAGAGGAGAGCUUUCGUGUUUCUAUCAAGUGUGCCUGUACGCGUCGCUGCUUUCUGCUUGUCGAUACUCUCGAUAUACACACGCGUAUAUGUCAUUGUUGCCAACCAGAGAAAGGGGGACACAGACCGGCGAAGGAUAAUCGGCUGGAUCGUGCCCCGUGCCUCUUUCCUCGUGCUCUCGGGUUUUGGAGAAAUCGAGCCAAGCUGCCUGCAGAGAUCGAUCCACUCGGUCAAUGAAGAAUCCACCUUGAAGAAUUAUACCAAAGUUCGCUGACGUUGCCCGGAAAGCGAUCGCAUACCGACCUGUGUUUCGCUAGUUUGCCAAUAGUGGUCGUCGACGAGCAACAUGGAGGACCGAAAAAGAGCGUUCUCUCGUACGCAAGCGAGUAGAGCCACGAUUCGAUUCCACGUGGAUCGAAAAAACCUGGAGGCGAACGUGGUGGCGAUGACGGAGAAGGAGCAACGUCAGAUGGUCGGAUACCGUGACGACAAAGAACCGACGAGCACCGCCUCGGCGGCCUCCUCCGGCAAGUACGUGGCAGCAUCUCGCGCCCCGAUGGACAAUUUGAAACAGUGGGAAUUGGUAGAGUGCGAUCGGGGUCUGCGGGUGGUAGAAAAGAGGAGCGCCGCGAACGCUGCGUCGAAGGGGGGUGCCGCCGGUGGGGUGGAACGUACGCCCAGCUUCACCGGCAAAGACGCCGCCAGUCCGAUGACAGGGAGGAAAAGUCUGCCGACCAGCGUCGCGUUCGACGCGAACCUCGAGGAGAAGUUGAAGGCCUUCAAAGACUCGAAGAUCGUUCAGCCGGUGAUAGCGACGCAGCGCGAUCGCGCCGACGACGCGGCCAAAAUCCCGAUUAACCUCGAAAUGAUUCUGAAACAGCGAAAAGGCUCGGCCGCCGAGAGUACGGAUAUGCUUCAACGAUUGGAGCAGCAGUUCAAGGCCAUCGAAAUGGACACUAUAGCAGCCAGAAUGCGCGAGGUGGAGCUCAUCUCGGAUUUCGAGCCGGAAAUUCGAUACAGGGACCUUCGGUACACGGAACACGAGGAUCUACUUCGAAACGUGACGGAUGACGAGGCCGAGGGGUCCUCUCCGUUACACCGAGGAGACGCGACGAGGAACUCUACGGGAAACGCGGGCGCGACGACGAAGAAAGCCUCGACGAAAUUAUCAAGGACAGCCUCGGACACGAGACGAGGACAGGAAGCGGAAAUACCUCUUCGAGCCCAGGCUAGGGUACAGCAAACGCGCGUGCUCGCGCGGCCCGUCAGCGCGAAGAAAGAUCGGCAUCAACAGCAGCGACAGAGCAGCGUGGUUAGCAGCGCGCUCAGGCCAUUGUCAGACGUCACGCAGAAGGGUGGUCAAAAUGAGAAGGAGACAGGGGAUGGCGUGGGAGUGUCGAGUAGCGGUGGUCGGCCUUCUUCUCGAAGUCGGACCUCGGAGGAGCCCCACAUCGGCAAGUACAAAUUACUCAAAACAAUUGGCAAAGGUAACUUUGCCAAGGUAAAACUUGCCAAACACUUACCUACCGGGAGAGAAGUGGCUAUCAAAAUUAUCGACAAGACUCAACUGAACCCUGGUAGCCUUCAAAAGUUGUUCCGGGAAGUAAGAAUAAUGAAGAUGCUCGAUCAUCCGAACAUAGUGAAGCUUUUCCAAGUAAUCGAGACCGACAAAACAUUGUACCUGGUAAUGGAGUACGCCAGCGGUGGCGAAGUCUUCGACUACUUGGUUUUACAUGGUCGUAUGAAGGAGAAGGAAGCCAGAGCAAAAUUCCGGCAGAUUGUCUCUGCCGUGCAAUACUGCCAUCAAAAAAAGAUCAUUCACAGGGAUUUGAAGGCCGAAAACUUGUUACUCGACAGCGAGAUGAACAUCAAAAUCGCCGACUUUGGCUUCAGCAAUGAAUUCACACCGGGGAACAAGUUGGACACCUUCUGUGGCUCACCCCCUUACGCGGCACCUGAACUUUUCCAGGGUAAAAAGUACGACGGUCCCGAAGUAGACGUCUGGUCGUUGGGUGUAAUAUUGUAUACCUUAGUGUCUGGAUCAUUGCCCUUCGACGGUUCGACGCUGAGGGAACUGAGGGAACGAGUACUACGAGGAAAAUAUCGAAUCCCGUUUUACAUGUCCACGGACUGUGAAGGCCUCUUGAAGAAGUUUUUGGUGCUCAACCCGACGAAACGGGCAUCCCUAGAGACUAUCAUGAAAGACAGGUGGAUGAACACGGGAUACGACGACGAUGAACUAAAACCGUACUUAGAACCUGAACCUGAUUAUAAAGACCACAAGAGGAUAGGUGAGUCUGCCAAGGCCCUGGCUAGUAUGGGGUAUACGAGAAGCGAAAUAGAAGAUUCCUUGGGACAAGCAAAGUACGAUGACGUGUUCGCCACGUACUUACUUUUAGGAAGAAAGACAACUGAUCCUGAAUCUGACGGCUCGCGAUCAGGCAGUUCAUUGUCGCUGCGUAACAUUCCACCACAAGCUGGUACGGGUGGCGGCGGUGGAGGUGGCGGAGGUGGAAGCGGAGGAGGAACGGGUGGCGCCGUGCAGAGUCCGUCGCAUAGAGGUGUUCACAGAAGUAUUUCCGCUAGCAAUCCAAAACCAAACAGACGAGUUUCGUCCGGUCUUGAAACGCAUCGAGGAGCACCGAGCCCAGGAAAUGCAACGAACCAUAAUCACGCGACUGCUACGACUGGUGUAACGGUGACUGGAAGCAGCGGUAGUAAUUUUAAGAGACAAAAUACCGUGGAUUCAGCCACGAUCAAGGAAAAUACCGCUCGCGUCUCUGCGAGCCGACCAUCGGCCCCUAAAAACAGUCCUGGCCAAUUAGAUACCAUGACAAUGUUCAUUCUAGGCGUGGGUACAAGUCCCGGUGGUAGGGCAUGGGCAGGCAAGAGCAACACGAUGAAUGCAGGGGUAGGUGGUGGUCGGCCUCUUACCUCACCUGCCCCUGGUUCUGUUGGUCGACGUAGUACCAUCUCCUAUGAUCAAGCGAAAACGUCCUCCUCGUCUACCGAAAGAACCAACGAUGCACCCAGCCUCGGCGAGGGCACUAGACCAACGCGGGGUCACACCAAGUCUGCGAGCAUCAGCGCAGGUCAUCGUUCCUCGAGUGGCGUACCCCCCAGCGACCAUUCACUACUGGACCCUCAACCACGCAACGCCCACAACUCCUUACUCGCCACUGCUGACCCUCUUAGACAGAGCUUGGGUGUGUCUCCAAGCAAUAGACUGGCUACACCUACAACACCGGCAUUUCCUCGAAAUGUUCCAAGCCGUAGCACGUUCCAUUCUGGCCAGAACAGAGCUCAACGAAAUCAUACUCAGGGUCACACGCAUACACAGGACACAAAUGCAAUUAGCCCACUAGCGAGACCGUCCUUCUUCUCCAAGUUAUCCUCGAGGUUCUCCAAACGCCCCAUGGACCCAUCCGUACCUCCCAAGCACCCAGUAGUGAGCGGAGCAACCACUAACGAUGAGCAGGUUAAACCACGCAGCCUACGUUUCACUUGGAGUAUGAAAACUACGAGUAGUCGAGAUCCGAACGAAAUCAUGUCCGAAAUUCGAAAGGUAUUGGACGCCAACGAGUGCCAGUACGAACAACGCGAAAGGUUCCUGCUGCUGUGCGCACAUGGUGACGCGGCGACAGAUAGCCAAGUACAUUGGGAGAUCGAGGUCUGUAAACUGCCACGACUUUCUUUGAACGGUGUACGUUUCAAACGGAUCUCAGGCACCUCGAUCUGCUUCAAAAACAUUGCUAGCAAGAUAGCAAACGAGCUCAAGCUGUGACUGCCGACAACAGGCGCUUUAACUACUCGCGCCAACCCAUAACGCUCUCGUGAUCGAUGACACGGAUUCACGGUUACCGACAACUUUCAUUUUCCCUUCUUCUGGGACUUUAACCUCGUCAACGAUACCGACAUCGCUACCGCUACCGAUACCGAUAACGAUAACGAUAACGAUAACGAUAACGACACCGAUAACGAUAACGAUACCGA